GGGGUCCCAGGGCUGGGUGGCAUGCUGUGCGCCCCGGCUCGCUCGGCGUUUCUGGUCGCAGGCGGGCUCGGGAGGAGGAGGGGCGCCGCGGACGACGCGCGCGAGGCCGUCUGGGAAUGAGGGCGGUGCGAGCGGGUGCGCGCGCAGCGGGCCGGCAGUGGCAGCGGCGAUGGAGGACGGUGGCCGGGACAAGGCGCCGCUGCAGCCCCAGCAGCCCCCAGCGACGGCUCCCGGGGGCACGGACGAGAAACCGAGCGGCAAGGAUCGGCGGGAUGCCGGGGACAAGGACAAGGAACAGGAGCUGUCUGAGGAGGACAAACAACUUCAAGAUGAACUGGAGAUGCUCGUGGAACGACUUGGGGAGAAGGACACAUCCCUGUACCGACCAGCCCUGGAGGAACUUCGGAGGCAGAUUCGUUCUUCUACAACUUCCAUGACUUCAGUGCCCAAGCCUCUCAAAUUUCUGCGUCCACACUAUGGCAAACUGAAGGAAAUCUAUGAGAACAUGGCCCCUGGGGAGAAUAAGCGUUUUGCUGCUGACAUCAUCUCUGUUUUGGCCAUGACCAUGAGUGGAGAGCGUGAGUGCCUCAAAUAUCGGUUAGUGGGCUCCCAGGAGGAAUUGGCAUCAUGGGGUCAUGAGUAUGUCAGGCAUCUGGCAGGAGAAGUGGCUAAGGAGUGGCAGGAGCUGGAUGAUGCAGAGAAGGUACAGCGGGAGCCACUGCUUACCCUGGUGAAGGAGAUUGUACCCUACAACAUGGCUCACAAUGCAGAGCACGAGGCCUGUGACCUGCUCAUGGAAAUCGAGCAGGUGGACAUGCUGGAGAAGGAGAUCGAUGAGAAUGCAUAUGCAAAGGUCUGCCUCUAUCUCACCAGUUGUGUGAAUUAUGUGCCUGAGCCUGAAAACUCUGCCCUGCUGCGUUGUGCCUUGGGUGUGUUCCGAAAGUUUAGCCGCUUUCCUGAAGCUCUGAGAUUGGCAUUGAUGCUCAAUGACAUGGAGCUGGUAGAAGACAUCUUCACCACUUGCAAGGAUGUGGUAGUGCAGAAACAGAUGGCAUUCAUGCUAGGCCGGCAUGGGGUGUUCUUGGAGCUGAGUGAAGACGUAGAGGAGUAUGAGGACCUGACAGAGAUCAUGUCCAACGUGCAGCUCAAUAGCAACUUCUUGGCCUUAGCUCGGGAGCUGGACAUCAUGGAGCCCAAGGUGCCAGAUGACAUCUAUAAAACCCACCUAGAGAACAACAGGUUUGGGGGCAGUGGCUCUCAGGUGGACUCUGCCCGCAUGAAUCUGGCCUCCUCUUUUGUGAAUGGCUUUGUGAAUGCAGCUUUUGGCCAGGACAAGCUGCUGACUGAUGAUGGCAACAAAUGGCUUUACAAGAACAAGGACCAUGGAAUGUUGAGUGCAGCUGCGUCCCUUGGCAUGAUUUUGCUGUGGGAUGUGGAUGGUGGCCUCACCCAGAUUGACAAGUACCUAUACUCAUCUGAGGACUACAUCAAGUCAGGAGCUCUCCUUGCCUGUGGCAUCGUGAACUCUGGGGUCCGAAAUGAGUGUGACCCUGCUCUGGCACUGCUUUCAGACUAUGUUCUCCACAACAGCAACACCAUGCGACUUGGUUCCAUCUUUGGGCUAGGGUUGGCCUAUGCUGGCUCAAAUCGCGAAGAUGUUCUAACACUGCUGCUGCCUGUGAUGGGAGAUUCCAAGUCCAGCAUGGAAGUGGCAGGUGUGACAGCUCUAGCUUGUGGAAUGAUAGCAGUGGGAUCCUGUAAUGGAGAUGUCACUUCUACUAUCCUUCAGACCAUCAUGGAGAAGUCAGAGACUGAGCUCAAGGACACUUAUGCCCGUUGGCUUCCUCUUGGACUGGGUCUCAACCACCUGGGGAAGGGUGAGGCCAUCGAAGCAAUCCUGGCUGCGCUGGAGGUUGUGUCAGAACCAUUCCGCAGUUUUGCCAACACACUGGUGGAUGUGUGUGCCUAUGCAGGCUCUGGAAAUGUGCUGAAGGUACAGCAGCUGCUCCACAUUUGUAGUGAACAUUUUGACUCCAAGGAAAAGGAAGAAGACAAAGAUAAGAAGGAAAAAAAGGACAAGGACAAAAAGGAAGCCCCUGCUGACAUGGGAGCACAUCAGGGAGUGGCUGUUCUGGGGAUUGCCCUUAUUGCUAUGGGGGAGGAGAUUGGUGCAGAGAUGGCACUACGAACCUUUGGCCACUUGCUGAGAUAUGGGGAGCCUACACUCCGGAGGGCUGUACCUUUAGCACUGGCUCUAAUCUCUGUUUCAAAUCCGCGACUUAACAUCCUGGAUACCCUAAGCAAAUUCUCUCAUGAUGCUGAUCCAGAAGUUUCCUAUAACUCUAUCUUUGCCAUGGGCAUGGUGGGCAGUGGUACCAAUAAUGCCCGUCUGGCUGCGAUGCUGCGCCAGUUAGCGCAAUAUCAUGCCAAGGACCCCAAUAAUCUCUUCAUGGUGCGCUUGGCACAGGGCCUGACACAUUUAGGGAAGGGCACACUUACCCUCUGCCCCUACCACAGUGACCGGCAGCUUAUGAGUCAGGUGGCUGUGGCUGGGCUGCUCACUGUGCUUGUCUCCUUCCUGGAUGUUCGAAACAUCAUUCUAGGCAAAUCGCACUAUGUAUUGUAUGGACUGGUUGCUGCCAUGCAGCCUCGAAUGUUGGUUACCUUUGAUGAAGAGCUGCGGCCAUUGCCAGUGUCUGUCCGUGUGGGCCAGGCAGUGGAUGUGGUGGGCCAGGCCGGCAAGCCUAAGACCAUCACAGGGUUCCAGACACAUACAACCCCAGUGUUAUUGGCGCAUGGGGAACGGGCAGAAUUGGCCACUGAGGAGUUUCUUCCUGUUACCCCCAUUCUGGAAGGAUUUGUCAUCCUUCGGAAGAACCCCAACUAUGACCUCUAACUGGCCACCAGGGGCCCUGAGCUGCAGCUCAUGUAUCAGCGGGCCAUGAUUCCUGCUGCCAGAGAUGGACACUGCUUCAGACCUUUGGGGGAAUUGUUACCUCCUGUUCUUUUGUUACUGAGUGAGAUAACCUGUUGAAUAAAGACAUUUAUCCCUGAA